ACCUUCUUCAUAAAACUAUUUCAAAUUGAACUUUUGCCGAAUACUAUAGUCUAAUGAAAAAUGUCACGAGACAAUUAAUCCAAAGGUAGGUUAAGCAGUCGUUGUAUACUUUUUGUUUGUUAUAUUGACUGUAGGAUUCCCACCUCGAUUGAAGAUUAACAAAGAUCCGAAGUGGUGGCUCUUCAAACUUCAAAGGCAAAACCAAAUGAGCUUCGUCUGGUCCGCUGCGGUGUGGGUCAUAACUGUAGCAGUUGUUGUGAUUAGCAAAUGGUUAUACCGGUGGUCGAACCCGAAGUGCAAUGGCAAGUUACCUCCGGGAUCAAUGGGUUUACCGAUCAUCGGAGAGACAUGCAACUUCUUUGAGCCCCAUGGAUUAUACGAGAUCUCACCCUUUGUCAAGAAGAGGAUGUUAAAGUACGGGCCAUUGUUUCGGACCAACAUUUUCGGAUCCAACACCGUGGUUUUGACAGAACCUGAUAUCAUCUUUGAGGUUUUCCGACAAGAGAACAAGUCUUUUGUGUUUAGCUAUCCAGAAGCCUUUGUAAAGCCAUUUGGAAAAGAAAACGUGUUCCUCAAACAUGGGAACAUCCACAAGCACGUCAAACAAGUCAGUCUUCAACAUAUUGGCUCUGAGGCCUUAAAAAAAAAGCUGAUUGGAGAAAUAGACAGAGUGACCUAUGAGCAUCUUAAAUCAAAGGCUAGCCAGGGUAGCUUCAAUGCUAAGGAGACAGUUGAAAGCUUGAUAAUGGCACACCUGACCCCGAAGAUAAUAAGUAACCUCAAACCAGAAACACAAACAAAUCUUGUGGACAAUAUAAUGUCCCUAGGAUCUGAAUGGUUUCAGUCACCGUUAAAGCUUACGACAUGGAUUUCUAUCUUCAAAGUCUUUAUUGCCCGAAGAGACGCACUGCAGGUGAUAAAGGACGUUUUUAUGAGGAGGAAAGCGUCCAGAGAAAUGUGCGGAGACUUCCUCGACACAAUGGUAGAAGAGGGGGAGAAAGAAGAGGUCAUUUUUAAUGAAGAAGGUGCUAUAAAUCUCAUCUUCGCUAUUCUGGUAGUCGCUAAAGAAUCAACCUCUUCCGUUACUAGCUUGGCCAUCAAAUUUCUUGCCGAAAACCAUAAAGCUCUCGCAGAGUUGAAGAGAGAGCAUGAGGCCAUCCUUCAAAAUAGAAAUGAUAAAGAAGCUGGAGUUGGCUGGGAAGAAUACAGACACCACAUGACUUUCACUAACAUGGUGAUCAAUGAGACUCUUCGAAUGGCAAACAUGGCUCCUAUAAUGUAUAGGAAGGCUGUGAACGAUGUCGAAAUCAAAGGAUACACAAUUCCAGCGGGCUGGAUUGUGGCGGUUAUACCUCCAGCCGUCCAUUUCAAUCAUGAGAUUUAUGAGAAUCCUUUGGAGUUCAAUCCAUGGAGAUGGGAGGGGAAAGAGUUGCGGUCUGGAUCUAAGACGUUCAUGGUAUUUGGAGGAGGAGUGAGGCAAUGUGUCGGCACGGAGUUUGCGAGACUCCAAAUUUCUAUCUUCAUUCAUCAUCUUGUAACCAAAUAUGAUUUCUCACUGGCCCAAGAAUUCGAUUUCAUCCGUGCACCACUACCUCACUUCCCCAAAGGACUGCCUAUCAAGAUUUCCCAGUCACUCUAGUUUCUUGUUUAAUCAUAUAUAUAUAUAUGUCACUAGUGAUGAAUUCGGGGAAGUAUUUUCAAUGGGGGCAAUACUAAAAUAAUAAAUAAACCUAAUUUCAUA